AUGUCCCGGGGGCUGGAACCACGCUCCGCUCCCAGUGCAGCUCUGAUGAUGCCCACCUCACUGCUUCCUGGCGAGAGGCUGGAGGGUGCACCUCCAGGGCUGACCUCUCCCCUGCUCCUGGUGCCUGCGCCUCUGAGGACAUUCGGUAGCAAGAGAAGCAUCUGUUCUACCAAGGAUCAAUGCCGUUAUUCAGUCAGCUUCCAGACUCUGGCCGUCCCCACGUCAGAUGUUGGUAACACCAGAGGGCAUAGCAUUCUUAAAGGUCAAAGUCCUGCUUUCUCAUUUCUGGAAGUGAUUCAGGAGCCCCAGGAUCUUAACAGUUGA